CGGUGCGUGGCGGCGGCGCACGCGGGACGGAGCCAUGGAGGAGCCCUGUCCUGCCGGGGAGAGCGAGGAGCUGACGGAGAGCGAGGAGAGCGUCUACUCGGGGCUGGAGGACUCGGGCACCGACAGCAGCUCGGCGGAGGAGGAGGAGGAGGAGGAGGAAGGCCCCGGCGGCAGUUCGGCCCCCCCCCGGACACACGCCAAAGGGUCUCCCAGGAAGAGCAAAAUCUUGGAAGAUGAUUCGUCAUUGAAGGAAAAUGAGAGUCUGCUUGCUCAGAAUGAAUAUGAAGAAGACAGCUCAGAUGAAGAGGACAUUCGCAACACGGUGGGCAACAUCCCCAUGGAGUGGUACCAGGACUUCCCGCACAUCGGCUACAACCUGGAGGGCAAGAAGAUCUACAAGCCCAUCCGGAACAAGGACGAGCUGGACAUGUUCCUGGAGAAGAUGGAGAACCCUGACUACUGGCGAACAGUCCAGGACAAGAUGACGGGUGCAGACAUAAAGCUGACAGACGAGCAGGUGGACCUGGUGCAUCGGCUCCAGAAAGGGCAGUUUGGGGAUGUCCACUUCAAUCCCUACGAGCCGGCUGUUGACUUCUUCACCCACGAGGUCAUGAUCCACCCGGUGACGAAUCGCCCAGCGGACAAGCGGAGCUUCAUCCCUUCCCUCAUCGAGAAGGAGAAGGUCUCCAAGCUAGUCCACGCCAUCAAGAUGGGCUGGAUCAAGCCCCGUAAGCCCAAGGACGACACACCUACAUACUACGACCUCUGGGCCCACGAAGAUCCCAACUCCAUUCUGGGCCGUCACAAGAUGCACGUCCCAGCCCCCAAGAUGAAGCUGCCUGGGCACGAGGAGUCGUACAACCCCCCGCCCGAGUACCUGCUCAGCGAGGAGGAGAAGCUAGCCUGGGAGCAGCAGGAGCCAGCCGAGAGGAAGCUGAACUUCGUGCCCCAGCAGUACCGGUGCCUGCGGGCAGUGCCUGCCUACUCCCGCUUCAUCCACGAGCGCUUCGAGCGCUGCCUGGACCUCUACCUCUGCCCACGCCAGAGGAAAAUGCGGGUCAACGUGGACCCAGAGGACCUGAUCCCCAAGCUGCCGAAGCCGCGGGACCUGCAGCCCUUCCCGACCACCCAGGCCCUGGUCUACCGUGGGCACACCAGCCUGGUGCGUUGCCUCAGCAUCUCUCCCAGCGGGCAGUGGCUGGUGUCAGGCUCGGAUGACUGCACGGUGCGGUUCUGGGAGGUGUGCACGGCUCGCUGCAUGAAGACCCUGCCCGUGGGCGGCGUGGUGAAGAGCGUUGCCUGGAACCCCAACCCCACCAUCUGCCUGGUGGCCAUCUGCGUGGAUCAGUCGGUGCUGCUGGUGAACCCCUGCCUCGGGGACAAGCUGCUCUACGGGGCCACCGACCAGCUACUCGAGUCCUACGUGGCACCGGAGGAGGAGCGGGUCCAGCCCGUGCAGUGGGUGACGGCCACCAUGGAAGAGCACAGCAAAGGCAUCCGGCUGGUUGUUCAGCACAGCAAGGCCGUGAAGCAGGUGACCUGGCACGGCAAAGGCGACUACUUCGCCAGCGUCGUGUCGGACAACAGCAACAUGCAAGUGCUGAUUCACCAGACCAGCAAGCGCUGGAGCCAGAACCCCUUCCGCAAGAGCAAGGGGCUGGUGCAGUGCGUGCUCUUCCACCCCAUCCGGCCCUACUUCUUCGUGGCCACCCAGCGCUACGUCCGCGUCUACAACCUUCUCAAGCAGGAGCUCACCAAGAAGCUGAUGACAAACUGCAAGUGGGUGUCCAGCAUGGCCAUCCACCCUGGAGGCGACAACAUCAUCUGCGGCAGCUAUGACAGCAAGCUGGCCUGGUUCGACCUGGACCUCUCCACCAGACCCUACCAGCUGCUGCGGCACCACAAGAAAGCAUUACGGAGCGUGGCCUUCCACAAGCACUACCCGCUCUUCGCCUCGGGCUCGGACGACGGGACCGUCAUCGUUUGCCACGGCAUGGUCUACAACGACCUGCUGCAGAACCCAUUGCUGGUGCCCGUGAAGGUGCUGAAGGGCCACGCGAUGACAUUGGACCUGGGUGUCCUCGAUGUGCUCUUCCACCCCACCCAACCCUGGGUCUUCUCCUCCGGCGCUGACGGCACCAUCCGGCUCUACACAUAGCUGCCGCCCGGCGCCAGCACCCCCCCCUCAUCCCAGCCCAACAGCAGCACCCCGCGGGCGAGGGGCAGCGCUGGGACCACCGCGCUCUGCCAGGAACAUCGCUCCUGCG